UCCGCCCCGAUCUUAGAAACCCUACCUGCUUUAUUUUCCCCUUCCUUCCCCUAAAGAACAGAGCGGCGGCGGCGGCGGCGAGUUAGACUGAGAGAAGAGGCCGGGGAAGUUGAUACGGAGAUGGGGCCCCGACUACCAAGUUCGCCGGCUUUCGCAGUGAUGCGGAAAAGAGCAAGCAGCGGCUUAACGGCCUAUCUGAUUGCGAGGCAGGAGAUACAGAGGAAGAUGGACGAGUUGGCCGAGUAGGAGCUUGGGCCGGAUGGCAAGGAGAGGUUCCUUGCCACUCUACUCUCCCAAGACAAGAUGAGGUCGAUGGAGGAGAUGAUCGCCGAUUCGGCGCGCAACAUCUUCCAAGAAUUUUUUUCAUAUGUUACACCAAUCGCCGAUGGAAGAGGAAGAGGAAGAGGAAGAGGAGCUGGAGCUGGAGGAGGAGGAGGAGGAGGAGGAAGAUGAGGAGGUAGAAGAAGAAGAAGAAGAGGAGGAGGAUGAAGAGGAAUUGGAGGAGGAGGAAGACGACGAGGAAUUACGCAUGACUGUUCAGGUAUCCUUCUUGUGCGACCAGAUCGGCGACCUGGUACUAGAACUUCUGAAGAUGGUUCCAGAUGAAGAGCCGGGAAAUCAAUUGCUGUCCUCGGUCACAAGGCUAAAUAGAUUGCAGUGGAUCACAGACAGCAUCAACAAUUUCGUCUCAGAAAUUCAGGUGAGGGUGUCGAGGGAACAAAUGAUAGAGAGAACACGCAAAGAGAAAGAGGAACAGAAGAGAUUCCUCCAACAGGGCCAGGAGGUGAGGACCUCGGAGAAGAAACAGGAGCAGGAGAGGACCUUGGAGGAGAGGGAAAUCAACGGACAAGUGAUGGUCGCCGGAGGCAGAUUAGUCACUAUGGCAACGGACAGGGGCUUGGAGGGUGAAGCGGUGAUCAGCGAGGCCGCAGCCGCAGCCGCGGAGUACAAGGAGGAGGCUUUUGCUCGCUUCCGUAGGGCCUGGGAGUGUCGCCAAGGUGCCAACAGCUUCGAAGACCUCACUUUGUUGAGUCCCAUGCUCUUUACACACUGUACACCGGGAUUCAAGCCAGUAGACGCUGUCCUCCCAAGGACUAUGCAGAUCUGUUCUAUCAAAGUUACUGACUUGAAAUACUUUAAAUGGCCACUGCAAGUAUAUGGUGUGGUUGCCGCCCGAGAUGCUGUGGAUGGGCGUCGCAACCCCAUCUUCCUUUGUCCAAGGGAUGACUGCCAAAUCCUCAAUGAAGCGAAUCCUUUUUUGCAUUUGACCGGCCCAAUUCGUGCAAUUGUGUCUGAGGAGCCCGUUGACAUUGAAAUCCAGUUAAUAAUAAAGGGCAAAACGGCGUCUGAAGACAGAGCAUUGGUGAGGGAUGCCUUUUUAUACGAUGGUGAUGUCGGUCAUUCUCGUGACGGUUUCCGAACUAGCAUUAUUGAAAAAACCUUUUGCACACUAGAGUUAUGUUCUCAGCAACUUAAACGUUCGGUUCAAGCCACUAUCUUUGGUGUUCAUGUUGUUGAUGAGAAGUUAACACCUUUUCAAUAUGGAGUCCGAGUUGUUUGCUACACAUUUUCUGAGCGUGAGAUUGAAGAAGUCAAUGUGUCCAAGUCAAGGAAAAUUGUAUUGCUUGAUUCAAAAGCUAGAAGAAAGUGUGCAGUUAAAGGUGGUUAUCUAAAUCUGUCAAGGCAAAUUCUAUCCGUAGAAUUUGGCGGAAAGCUAGAAGUUCUUAUUCAAGCAUACACACCGACUGGAGACAUCGCUGCACAAGGACUUGUAUUUGUGGUACCCAAAACAUACAACACAAGUCAACAUGUAUGUGAGCUUGGCGGCUUCAAGGUGGAGUUUACCAUUGCUUGGUCCCUCCUUGUUGAAGAUGAGGAGCAUAUCUUGAUGAAUGGAUGUGUGGAUCCUUUGGCAUCGUGUCCACCUAUGAACCCCUCUUUUUUCAACGAGGGGCUAUCUUCUUCCAAUGGUGGUUUGUUGAUGUAAGU